AUGAUAUCAGUAUUCCGAUACACCGUUCUGGUCCCGACAGCUUCUUCGGCUAUGAGCGAUCCUAUAACGCAGGCUCUGCCACGCACCUAUGCCACUCCAGCCAUGACCUCUGCGGCUCUAUCGUCCGCCCCCAGCAGUAGUCGACCCCCCGUGUAUCCAGAUCUCCUCGGUGGACCACCUAUUCCGCCGCCAAGGACGUCAUCCAACCAAAGAAGUCGUGGUUCAAACACAGCAUCCGCCUCUUCUGGAGAGAGAUCGGGAUCGCGUUACAAGGGCAAGGGUGAAGAGCGCAGCCGCCGUGAUAAAAAGGGUGAGGAAUCUCGAUCGCGCCGUCAGGGGUCCAAGUCAUCCGAGGAUCCAUCCAGAGGGCCAAGCACCCACAAUCAAAGCUCCGCUCAACCCGAGGACCUCAUGGCGACAGUCCCGAGCGAUAGCACAUUGGUGAAAGAGUCAAGCGCAGUCAUUAAUCAGCUUUUAGUGAGCGAUCCCGCGGUCGAUAUUGAACGAGAGCAAGCCCGGCAAGCUGCGGCACCGGUCGAGAACGCUACUACUUCGGGACUGGGCUUAAUGAGCGGCGAAAGUAUGGAGGACGGGAGUCGGGGUAAUUUGCCAAGUCGACAGGAGUUUCCCGAGCAUACCGUUAAGCGCAAAGAAACGACAUUCGGCCAAUACAUUCUCGGGCAAACAGUGGGCGAAGGUGAAUUCGGCAAGGUCAAACUGGGAUGGAAGCGUGAUGGUUCUGUCGAAGUUGCUAUCAAGCUUAUUCGUCGCGAGUCGCUUGGGUCGAAUCCGACAAGGUUGCCCAAGAUAUACCGCGAGAUUUCGAUCCUGCGAGAUCUUCAUCAUCCGAAUAUCGUACGCCUUCACGAAAUGGUUGAAACAGAUCGUCAUAUUGGAAUUAUCAUGGAGUAUGCGUCUGGCGGGGAACUUUUCGACCAUAUCUUGAGAAAUAAGUAUCUGAAGGAUAACUCUGCCCGACGUCUAUUUGCGCAACUCGUGUCUGGUGUCGGCUAUCUUCACAAAAAGGGUAUUGUUCAUCGUGAUCUAAAACUGGAAAACUUGCUGCUCGACCGGAACCGCAAUAUUAUCAUCACAGACUUUGGAUUUGCGAACACUUUCGACCCCACGGAUGAGCUUAGCGAGGAGAUUGAGUAUAACCUCACCAACAAAGAGUUUGUGAAGAGGAUGCGCCUGGAUAAAACCAACGCCAAGGGCUUACGCCGAGGAGACCUGAUGCAGACGAGUUGCGGAAGUCCUUGUUACGCUGCUCCAGAGCUCGUGGUGAGCGACUCACUUUACACCGGACGCAGGGUGGAUGUGUGGAGUUGUGGUGUUAUACUUUAUGCUAUGCUUGCGGGCUACCUUCCGUUUGAUGAUGAUCCAGCGAACCCCGAUGGUGAUAAUAUCAAUUUGCUGUACAAAUAUAUCGUCACGACCCCUCUGACGUUCCCCGAAUAUGUUACACCCCAUGCCCGUGACCUUUUGAGGCGGAUCCUGGUCCCUGAUCCUCGAAAACGAGCAGAUCUUUUUGAGGUUGCGCGACACAGUUGGCUUAGCGAGUACGCCGAUCUAGUCUCACAUAUCACUAGCAGUACGACCAAGGUCGCUGAUAUCUCGUCUUCCACGGCCUCUCACGGUAUGGGCUUCCCUGCCUUCAACUUUGCACUAUCCGCUGCUGACCAGUCUUUAAUAGAGCAACCCAGAGAGGCCCCGCCACUUGCUCGCAGCGCUUCAGUCAGAGAGCCGCCGAAGACACAUCACGGUUCGAGCCCUUCGGUUGGGGGUCUGGUACACCACCCAGGGGACAUCUCGCAGGACCAGAGCGACAGAUCCAAGACCCCUCGAGACACAAAACGCCGCACUGUCCAGGUUGAAUAUGUCGCUCCCCAGUCUCAGACAUCAAGAGGAGAAACCUCCGGAUCCAGCGCCACGGUUCAAAAUGUGUCUCCUACCGAGCCCGUAUCGACAAGGUCAAAACCGACCGGGCAGGAUUACCCUGUCAACACUCAAACAGCACUCGAGCAACCAUUACCGAGUACUUCUUCCCCUGCCCCUGCACCUCCGAUUGCGCAUCUACCUCGCUCGACGUCCGACACGGCAGCACUCACGGGCACGACGCAAACCGCACGACCCACAACUGGCGCAUCAAUGGCUUCGUUCAAAACAGGGCGUUUGCCAUCCCGUGGGUCUUACGGGCAGCCAGUGGCGCCAACAGUGGCAGCGACGAAUGCUGAAGGGCGACUCGCGCAGCCGAUGAGUAAGCAGUACGUUAUAUCUGCACCGAUGCAGCAAGACGCCGAGGAAUCUUCCGGUAUGGGCAGUCCAAGCGUCCAGAAUUUCCCAGCCAAAUUCAACACUACACCUCGACAGGAAGCUCCGAAGGGUCACAAGAGGUCGAACACUGUCUCAGCUAUCGGCGAGAAGUUAUUUGGAAGGUCUGGUUCUCUAUUUGGAGGCCGCGGGGGCCAGCCAAGUGCACCAAAGCAGAAAGCUGGCAAGCGUUACCCGCCGACAAGCAUGCGGGAUCCGUACGCUGGUGAUGAUACCAGGGCGUCAAUGGACUCGCGUCGCUCGGCCCAGUUUGGUUAUGGCAACCGGAAGGCAAGCGAGACAGGCAGCGAGAACAAGUCGCGUCGUUUCUCUUUACUUCCGCCCUCAUUCUCACUGAAAGGCCUUUCUUCAAGCAGAUCGCAAACGCCUGACGAAGAUUCUCAAGGGGAUCGCUUCUCCAACAACCGUGAGAGCCAGCGCCCAUCGGCAGGGGCUGUACGGACCCGUACUCGAGCUACGAGCUACGGAGCCCACGAUACGAUAGCCAGCACAGCGACCGAUGGCCCAUCAGACGACGUUAUUGUCCAUGACGAGCCAGUGAACUACCAGACUCGCAUUGAUCAGCAGUUCGCGGCUCUACACUCAAACAACAGCGAAACCUACCAGCCGACUCCAUAUGGUACAGUCUCAGCAGACCAAGUUCAUCAGAACGAUAAUGAACAAUAUUACCGGAAUCAUUACGCCAAUCAUUCGACACCUAAUUACUACGACGAAUACAAUGGUGUGCAUGACAACACUUCGGGGGCAUCGUUGCAAACGGGGCGGUCCUCGAAUCGACCCGGUGUCUUGCAGAAAAACCACCGGAGGUUCGCAGACGCGUACGAAAAUGAAUCGCAUCAUUCUGGUAGCUCCGGGGCAGCUCGCAAAGUCAUGGAUUUCUUUCGUCGACGGGCCAAGUCCAGAGCCGGGGAUGAACGCUAG